AUGGGACUAUGUAGUUUAUGUGAAGAAGUUGGUAAAACAGAUGAAUCAAAAUUGUGCGGUGUUAUGCCUUAUAUGGCUCCUGAAGUAUUAAGAUCUAACCCUUAUACUCAAGCAGCUGAUAUAUAUAGUUUUGGUAUGAUCAUGUAUGUAAUAGCAACUGGAAAACAACCUUUUUCAGAUCGUGCACAUGAUCUAUAUCUAGCAUUAGAUAUAUGUGAGGAUGGAAUUAGACCUAAAAUAAAAGAGCAAGAAGCACCAAGAUGUUAUAUUGACUUGAUGGAAAAAUGUUUAGAUGCAAAUCCAGAUAAUAGACCAAAUGCUAUUGAAAUACAAGAAUCGUUUAAAUUAUUUAAAGAACAACAACAAUAUGAAAUUGAAGGGCAAUUUAAGGAAGCAGAUAAAUAUAAAGAAAUAGAAGCAUUUAUUAAAAGAAAUCAGCAUCCACAAGCUAUUUAUAUUUCUCGAGUACUUAAUCUCGACUUUUCCAUAUCACAGCCGAUUUAUGAACCCCAAAAUUCAAUUGAUGUUAAGCAUAUUUAA